AUGGCUCCACUGUUCAACUUGAUGCUCGCCAUCUCGGCCAUUUUCAUUGGAUCCUGCCUCUCAGAGUCUCCACCCAAAGUGCGGCUAGUAGGAGGUCCCCACCGCUGUGAAGGGCGAGUGGAGGUGGAACUCAAUGGCCAGUGGGGGACUGUGUGUGAUGAUGGCUGGGAUCUGAAGGAUGUGGCUGUGGUAUGCCGGGAGCUGAAUUGUGGAGCAGCCCGAAAAACUCCACGUGGUGCAAAAUAUAAGCCAGCGGCACCAAAAGAGCAAAAAGUUCUUAUUCAAGACGUCAACUGCAAUGGGAUGGAAGGCACAUUAUCUGAAUGUGAGCAAAAUGAAGACGUUUUUAAUUGCCCACAUGAAGAAGAUGCUGGGGUACAGUGUGAGGACCCUUUCACCCCAGAGAAUGUGCGACUAGUAGACGGGCCGGGGCACUGCCGGGGUCGAGUGGAGGUGCUACACCAGGCGCAGUGGAGCAGUGUGUGCAAAGCAGGCUGGAACCUACGGGCCUCGAAGGUGGCAUGCAGGCAGCUGGGGUGUGGGCGGGCACUACUGACCCAUAGAUGCUGCAACAAGAUGGCUCAGGGCAAAGGACCCAUCUGGAAGGGCCAGAUGUCAUGUUCUGGACACGAAGCAAACCUUCGGGACUGCCCCUUUAAACCUUUGGAGAACAACUGUACCCACAGCGAGGACACAUGGAUGGAAUGUGAAGAUCCCUUCGAGCUGAGGCUGGUAGGAGGAGACAACCCCUGCUCUGGGAGGUUGGAGGUGCUACACAUGGGUACAUGGGGCUCUGUCUGUGACGAUGGCUGGGGAGAAAAGGAAGACCAAGUGGUGUGCAAGCAGCUGAGCUGUGGGAAGCCCCUCUUUCCAUCCUUCAAAGCCAGGAAAAGCUAUGGACCUGGGGCUGGCCGCAUCUGGCUGGAUGAUGUUGUAUGCUCGGGGGAGGAGCAGUCCCUGGAGUCCUGCCGGCACAGGCUGUGGGGGUACCACGACUGUACCCACAAGGAAGAUGUGGCAGUGAUCUGCUCAGAAAGUACCCCGGACUUUGAUGUGUGA